AUGGCUCCGAAAACGCCGAAGAAAAUCAACAACGCAAAAGCAACAGGACCGAGAGUGCUGACCGAGCAGACUGCCACAGCCACGAUAAAUUAUGGCGAAGUCCAAGACGAAGAAAUCGAAGUGCUCAAAGCGAUUUACAUGGAUGACUAUGAGGACGUCGAGAUCAAAGGUGCCUGGAGUAAAACCACCGAUCGAAGCUUCAGGCUCCGACUACGAGCUUUCUCUGAUCAGGAGAGCUCAAUGCUUCUUGCCGUCCGACUGACCGCUACGUAUCCCAAGUCCGCGCCACUGCUUGAGACAUCUGGUCUCCAGGGUUACCAUGAACGCACCCAGCGACGUAUCAGCAAUAUCAUCACACUACGUCCCAAGCAGCUUCUUGGUGAGGUGAUGAUACACGCCAUUGCAUCCGAAAUUCAGGAUGCCUUGGAAGAUGCAGUCACGGCUCGCCAGCAAGGCACCCUGCCCAGCUUGGAAGAGGAGCGCGCGUCGGCUGAGGAAGUAGCCAGUACGCUGGCUUUUAAAGCUGAAGCUGCCGAGUCUAAGCGACUGCUGGAAGCUCAAGAGGAAGAGGACCGUGUACUAAAGCAGAUGGUUGACGAAGAGCUCAUGCGGCGCGAGAAGCGUAGAUCCACAAAGAUCACUGCUCCUAUCUCAAGUACAUCAGGUGAAGCCAGCAAGGUGAUGUCCUUCGAUCAGCCGGCGACACUAGUCGAUAGUGGCAGGACCAUCGAGUUCACCGAUGUGGAGCUGGUUACUUUGCUGGAAAGCACUCGUACAGACGAGCUUCAUCUUGGCAAGCCACGCCUCCACGCAACGAUCGCACCACAGCUACUUGUUGCGGUGAAGAGACUCAUGUCGGACAAAGACCGAGACGACAUCCUAGAGAUCGAAAGAUACCUGGAGACAGUCCGUCAACUACGCCACAGUAGUAUUCUUGGUCUGCUGACGUAUCGUAUUGAUCGACUAGAUUCGACCAAGAUACAAUUUUCAUUAUGUAGUGAGUACGCCGAUCGAGGUACACUACAGGAGCUGCUCACGUUAGGUACCAUGCAGCAGAGCAAAGCACGACAGCAUACAACUUCGUUGCUCGAGGCCUUGGACUAUCUUCACAGCCGUGGCGUGACACACGGGGCGUUGACUUGCCGCAGUAUCUUUGUUCAGAGUAGCCCUUCUGUCGCACUGAAGCUUGGCAGACUUGGUCAAUGGAGAUUGCAAUCAAGUUUUGAAGACGAUUUGCCUGAGAAAUGGAGGUCAGCAGAGAAGGAUAGACGCGCAGACAUAUGGCAGCUCGGUGUUGUCGUCCUACAGAUGUUCUUUGGUGUUGAUGUCGUGGAGGAGUACACCUCCCCUCAUGAUAUGAUUGCCCAGCUAGAUCUUUCUGACACUUUCCGCGACUUCUUGGUCAAGAUGUUCGACUCGACGAAGCGCUUGAGCGCAUUCGAUCUUCUGCCAGCCGAAUUCCUACGAACCGACUUUGACAUACUUCGUGAAAAGACAAGCAUGCCUCUGAAAGGUCAGCGACGAAGGCCAAGCUCCAGCCUUGGUGUUGUCACGCACCGAAGACUGAGGACAGAAUCUUCUAACGCGCUUGAGCCUGUCGGUAUGUCAAGAUAUCUAAUGGACUUCACCGAGCUUGGAAGACUGGGCAAGGGUGGUUUUGGCGAAGUAGUCAAGGCACGCAAUAAGCUUGACGGCGGUGUGUAUGCCAUCAAGAAGAUCAAACAAGCGCCUCACCUGCUUGAUCAAGUUUUGUCUGAAGUCAUGCUACUGAAUCGCCUGAACCAUCCUUACGUGGUCAGGUACUUUGCCACAUGGCUUGAAAAUGAUGUGUUAAACGUAGAGACGGACGAGACGACCACGGCUACAACUGAGUCUGUCAUUGAUGAGAGCAAUGAUUCCAGCUCGGAUGGACCGCGAAUGGACUUUGGCUACCAGAGCACUGGCGGUCUUGACUUUGUGAGCUCCAGUGGCUACGCACAGAUCGAGUUUGGGGACGAUGAUGAUGACGAAGCCGAUGGAGAUGGUACUGCGAGCGGUACUGACAAUACUGCGGACGAUGUCCCACCGAAAGGGACAUCAUCAUCCGUCCUCGAGCUCAGGAAGACUCACACGCAGCCUCCUCGGCUACCGUCUAUGCUGUAUAUUCAGAUGGAGUACUGCGAGCGGCAUACAUUACGAGACUUGGUCCGGAAAGGUAUGAGUGAGGAUGAGGCAUGGCGAUAUGUGCGACAGAUCACCGAAGGUCUCGCGCAUAUACAUAGUCACGGCAUCAUUCACCGCGAUCUCAAACCAGACAAUGUCUUUCUGGAUGUUGCCGAGAACCCGAAAAUCGGCGACUUUGGCCUUGCUACUACUACCCAAUAUCAGACUGAGCGAGCCAGUGUAAUGAGUGGUAGCGCGGGUGGCGAUAUGACGCGCAGCGUUGGUACUGCAAUGUAUGUCGCACCAGAGCUACGGACCAAUUCUGGUGGCUCCUAUAAUGCUAAAGUAGAUAUGUACUCGCUCGGCAUCAUGUUCUAUGAGAUGUGCGAGGAGUUCAGCACGGCCAUGGAACGGAUCCGAGCAUUACAGCAGGUCCGCGAGAAGGAGCACGAGCUUCCGCCUGCAUACCGCACCAAUGGAGCCAAAGUCGCCCAGGGCAAGCUCAUAACUUGCUUGAUUUCACAUAAGCCAAGCGAACGACCUAGUAGCACAGAGUUACUGCGUAGCGACAUUCUCCCCGUCAAGGUCGAAGACGAGACCAUCCGCCAAGCGCUCAGUGGCCUCACCGACUCUCGUUCGCCAUACCACCAGAAGAUGAUGUCUGCUCUAUUCGCUCAUGAUCCGCAAGGGACGGACAGGGUGAAGUCGUUGGCGUGGGACGCACAACCACAGAUUACCGCGCCGGAUGCUACGAGGCUUCGCAACAGAUCGAUCGCUUUGUGUACACUGGAGCAAAUCUUUCGAAGACACGGCGCUGAGGAGACUCGACGAGAGACCAUCUUUCCACGAUCCUCGUAUUAUCAAAAUAAUACCAACGUGGUACAGAUGCUCGAUGCGUCUGGGCUACUGCUACAAUUACCGUACGACCUUACGUUGCCAUAUGCUCGACAAUUGGCUAGACAAGCGCCACCAGUCAAGCGAACAUUUGUCUUCGGCUCAGCAUAUCGAGAUGCCUACACAGGUGGCGCACCUAAAGUCAAUGACGAGGUGGACUUUGACAUUACCUCCACCAAUCCAAGCCUAGAUGGUGCUCUGGAUGAAGCGGAGAUGCUGAAGGUGAUGGACGAGAUAUUCUGCGAGCUACCAUCUUUUUCGAAAGCCACUGUGAGCCUGCACUUCAAUCACACUCUCGUCCUUGACACGAUAUUGGAGCAUUGCCGUGUGCCACUAGCGCAGCAGCCUAUGGUACGAGAGGCGAUCAGCAGACUUGGCUUCCACGGUUUCACUUGGGCUAAAGUACGAACAGAGCUAAGGAAGUCCGGCCUGGCGGACACCAUGCUGGACGACAUGCAGUUGUUUGACUUCCGCGAGACACCGGAAAAGGCUUUGCCACGCUUACGAGGGCUGCUGGAACCUGCGAGCACAAGACUUAAGACAAAGCUGGAACAGGGCCUGCGCUCGUUACAAGACAUCCUGGACGUCCUUUCAGCCAUGACGCUGCAUCGCAAGCUCUAUGUAGUGCCGCUUGGCAGUGUCAAUGCGAAGCUCUUCGAGGGAGGUAUGCUAUUCCAGUGCGUGCUGGAACGCAAAACGAACCGAGCAGUCCUCGCUGCCGGUGGCCGCUACGAUAGCCUCAUCCGUGCUCAUCGUGUCACAGGCACAUUUGGCAAAGGCUGUGAAGGCGCUGUCGGCGUGUCCAUCGGCCUGGACUCGCUUGUGGCCCAUAUGAUCAAGCCAAUAGGCAGCACUGGCAAGAAAGCAUUCUUGAAGAAUAUCGAGGAAGUGGACGAUGAUGCUAACCUCGCUAAGCGAUGCGAUAUAUUGGUCGAGACAUCUUCGACCGACGGUGCGCUCGUAGCUGGCCUGCGGAUUCUCAACACUCUCUGGGCCAACGACAUCAGUGCCGAAUUGGCCACCGCGGCCAGCAAGACUUCGGAGCACAAUUUGAUUGUAUCCGUUCGCCAUGAAGCAUCUCACAGCGUCCGUAUACGUAGUGCUGCUUCCGACAGUGACGAAGUAGAUGUGCCGCUCGUGUCACUGGUCAGCCACCUUCAAUCAGAAUUGCGAGAGAAGGAGACAACGACCAAUAAAGUCCGACCGCCAGCUUUCACACGACAUAGUAGUCAUCAUGAAUCUGCCGAUCGUCGAGGCAAUGUCCAAGUACUGAUGGCGCAGCAUCGCAGCAAGAAGUCGAAUAAAUAUCAUAUCGUUGAAGCGGCACAGACACGAUGGGCGGAGAAGAUGGACGAGUGGAAGGAUGCGCCCAUCUUGGCUAUUGAGACGAGUGAUGGUGUUCUCGAGUCUAUCAAGGAGACACGACUGAGUGAGGCCGAGAGCUGGCGGAGGUCGGUGCAGAGUGUACAGCUCAAUGAGCGGCAGUAUCUUGGUCAGGUGCAGGAUAUCUUGGCCUCGUGGAGAAAGAAGUGGAUGGAGGGUGAUGGAGGGAGGGAGGCUUGCGUCUUCAACUUCCGCACUGGCAGUUGCAUAUACUACGACGUGGGGUCAUAA